CCACGGAGACAAACAACCACCAGCCGUGCUAAGAGCCGGGAGUCCACCCCCGACCUUCCCCUUUUUCCUCUCUCUUUCUGCGCUAAACUGCCUGCGGAUGAGCUGAGGUGCAAGAGAAUAGAAAAACCCACAGGGUUCUCCCCCUGUGCCCAAGGGGGUUUUCUCUUCCCCUUCCCCUGUUGCUGUUGUUUCUUUAUUAUUGAUUGAUCUCCUCUAGGUUCGCUGCCUUUUGGGCAAAAGGCCUCCUUUUCCUCGAAAGGAGAUGUUCUCUGGGGUGCUUCACCGCCCGGAAGCUUCGAUUUCACAGGAGGAGGCCCACGGCCCGAGGCUUGUCCUCACGGCGGACCCUAAGCCCCGGCUCCGAUGGACGGCCGACCUCCACGAGCGGUUCGUCGACGCCGUCACCCAGCUCGGAGGGCCAGAAAAAGCAACACCAAAGACUAUCAUGCGAACAAUGGGUGUGAAGGGGCUGACUCUUUUCCACCUGAAGAGUCAUCUUCAGAAAUACAGAUUAGGCAAGCAGUCUGGCAAAGAAAUGACUGAUCAAUCCAAAGAUGCUUCCUACCCUUUAGAAAACCCAAGCAGCAGUGGUUUGUCUCCGAGAUUGCCUACUCCUGAUGUGAAUGAGGGUCAGGAAGUCAAAGAGGCACUAAGAGCACAAAUGGAAGUACAACGAAGACUGCAUGAACAAGUCGAGGUGCAGAAGCAUGUGCAGAUCCGAAUGGAAGCCUACCAUAAAUACAUCGAUUCGUUGCUAGAGAAGGCAUGCAAGAUAGCCUCAGAGCAAAUUGCAUCAAGUGGCUUCAACGGAACCGGGCAUGACCUUCCAGACCUGGCAACUGGGGUCAUGUGCUCCCCAUCCGACCCACUGAGCCCCUCAGUGUUUCAUCAGUUAUCUCUGGGUGCAAUUAGUUUGCACAGCCCUGGGGGCAAGACUUCCCCCUCUUCGGCUAUUGAAGGACAGUCCUUUUACCCGAAGGCCCCUGAGCUAAAACGCAAGUUAUGCUGAACCCUCACUAAAAAGAUUAAAGACAACGGCAUUGUUUCCUCUAAUCUUGUAGGCAAACCUUACCUUAACUUUCAGGGACAAGCAAGCCAGGCCAAUGACUGAAGUCGAGCAAAAUGUUUGUCUUCUUGUAAGGAUGACUUAAAACAUUCUCACGUGGGACUCCUAAUGUCUUUUCACCAAAAAGGUUCCAUCUUAUUUCUCUUUGGUUCUUCUGCCUUCAAUGUUAUAUCUUCUUUGCA